UGUGUGCAGGAGUUGGUGAAACAAAGGCAGGCGAGGAAAGAUACAAUCAGCAUCUAGAGUGGAAACAGCUGAAGCUGAUUCAAACUUUUCUAAUUCAUUCUGCAUCAUAAGAAAUUCAGCAUGUUGCACAACGUCGUCUCUUCGUGUCUCCUGCCUGUCUUUAUCAUGAUUUUGGUAUUAUGUGUGUCUAAUUCCAGUGAAGCUGAAUUGCGUUGUCAGUGUGCAACAACAUCAUCAUCAACAUCACUUGUGCACAAGAAACAUAUUGAAAAAUUUGAGAUCAUCAUCAGUGGUCCUCACUGUCCAAGAAAUGAAAUUAUUGUUAUUUUAAAGAAUAAGAAGCAGUAUUGCCUGGAUCCAGAAGCUAAACGAGUAAAAAAAUUGAUGAAUGCUCUUAAGAAAAGGCCAUUUUCCAGAAAUUGCAGAAAUGGCUCCUGUGCUCCUAUAUGGCCUGACAGCAUUAAUUUGUAAACUUAAUUUUUGUAUCAACUGUACUACAGAUCUGGCAUAUUGAUCACAAAUGACUGUUUAAAGAUACAGAACAACAAACUAUGAUUGGUGUAAUAACUGGUCCUCUUAUGUAGGAUGAUAUCAAAGCAAGAAAUUAAAUAAUAUAUUUUUUUCUGUGUAUAUGUAUGAAUGCAUCCGAUAUUCAUGGUUCGAUGUGUAAGUGAUUUAUAGAGUAAGAUCUCAUUGCAGAAGUCGAAGUGUGGUGUCAUUGUAUAAAAUCAGUCUAUUUUGUAGUGUUGAAAAUGGCAUACAGUGUUCUAUCUUAUUUUUAUAAUGUUUAUAUUGUAGUGUAAAACAUGUAUACUAUGUUUUAAUAUUUCAAAAUGAAAUGUUUUCUUUUUUGAAUUUCAUACAGCUUUUAUUGCAAUGUCUUGUAAUAUAAAAAACAGAUCAAGUAAAAUGCUUAAAAGAACACAUAUCAAUGGGGGCAGUGUCCCUGUCAUUUUAACCCUGCAAUGCAAAACAUUGCAGUUUUUUAGAAACUGCAAUGUUUACAUGGAAGGGUUAAAUACACCUCUAAUGGCUGUCGGUAUGACAGCAACUAGAAACGUUUUCGCUGCACUGACAGAGUAAAACCCCGUCACAUGACGCAGAACCCCCUAAAGGAAAGUAUUGAUGUAAUGCUUUCCUGUAGGGAAGCUUGAAUGUGUGUACACUGGUUUUUGUGCAUGCACAUUAGGUUUGCAAUGCUUCUCUAUGAGAGGCAUUGGAUUGGACCAAUACGGAGGAGGCUAUGACUCCUCCGUGACGUUGUGGAAGGCGGAAAGGAAAGCAGCACUGAGGGAGCCUCAGCACUAUAAGUUAAGUAAAAAAACGUAACUUUUCUUUUUAGUUUUUAUUACAAAUGGGUUGUGGCAUUUUUGUAAAACAAGGGAGAGGGACACUAUAACAUUAGGAAUACAGGGUUUGUAGUGUUCCUUUAAUGCAAAAUUAUGUUUAUUGUAAAAGGCCUUACUUUGCUGAGAGGCCAUUUUAUUUUUUUUAAUACA